AUGGCUUUGAUAAGAACACAACCGCUUGGAAAUUAUUGGGCAUUUGAAAAUAGUUGGGAUGCAGAGUUAUGUCAUUGUCGUGAUGAAUUAGGAACAUGUUGCUUCGCAUAUUGGUGUUGUCCUUGUUUUCUAUGUCAAUUACAUACACGUACAAGUACAUGUUUAUGUACAUGGUGUUUGCCUGGAGGUACUACUGGAUUUAGAACUAAAAUUCGAACAGGUUUUCGAAUUCAGGGCACAAUAUGUGGUGAUGCAUGUGUUAUGUGUUUGUGUCCAUGUUGCGCUGUUCUACAAAUCUAUAAUGAAUUAGAAUAUCAAGGACUUUAA